AAAUCAGGAGCGUCGUAAGUGACUGGCCUAGACAUCAGAUGCACAGUUGAUGUGAAUUGACUAUAGGUCAUUUUAUAGGGAAUAGCUAGGAAAAAGACUCUCAAAAAGAAGAAGAAGAAGAAGAAGAAGAAGGAGAAGAAGAGGAAGGAUUCUAGUGGGACGAAACCAAAGACUACGAAAUGGCAGCAAGAAGUAAAGAGAUGAUGACAAAGAUCAAUGCCUGGAUAACUCUCUUGGGUCUGGCUCUUAUGCAGCUGGGGACAGCGUUCGCCACGCUUCGUCCAGCCAAUAUAGCCGAUGGUCAUCAAUCAAGUCCUCUAGUGGCAACUUUAGAGCACCCGGCCACCAGAGUAGCAAGACACGCCCAGCCGGACUGCCCCUCGGCGGCGGAGGCCAAGUACUGCUCGCAAGGGAACGGACUCUGCAUGGACGUAGCGGACCGAGACAACUGCGGCGGGAGGGCCGUGCACGAACUCUGCAGUGGUGACCGCUGCACGUGCUGCAUGAAGGACCGAUGUGCGAUCACGCCGGACUGCUGCUCGAGGGAAAACGGCGUCUGCAUCAAUAAGAUGGACAGUCCACAACAGUGCUACGGCAGGACGGAAGACCGUCUAUGCCCAGGGCCUCACUGCACGUGUUGCAAGAAGCAUAGAUGCGAGAACACGCCCAGGCCCUGCUGCAGCAGGGGCGGCACGUGUGUCAACAUCAUGGACACCUGUCAGGGCAUCAAAGUGAAGGAGCUCUGUCACAACAGCAAGUGUACUUGCUGCAUUCCGUGAAGAAGAAGGCCCUUUCUGAAGAACGCCCCCGAAGAGAGGUCAUUGUUCAGCUCUGGUUUGGAAGAACGACGCUAAUAGCACACACACACACACACACACACA